ACACAGCCGGCGCAUGCAUGAUUACGCAUUAUUAAAGUAGUAUCGUCCAAGAUGGCGGAAGAAACCGCGGCUCCCGAGACUGGAAACUUGAUAAAAGUGGUGGUAAAAACACCCAAAGAUAAGGAGACUAUCACCGUGGAAGCCAAUGCCACGAUAAAAGAGUUCAAGGAAGAGAUUUCCAAGAAGUUCAAGGCACCCCCAGAGCAGCUUGUCUGUAUCUUUGCUGGCAAGAUUCUGAAGGAUGCCGACACUUUAGAAACACACUCCAUUAAGGAUGGGUUGACGGUACAUCUUGUUAUCAAGUCUGCCAACAAGGCUCAGGAACAGGCUGCCACCGUGGCCCAAUCACAGACGCCCUCCUCCACCAGUACAUCGGCCAGCACCACUCCGGGGCCUGCUCCAGCCCCCGGGAGCAAUGGUGGGGGGACCAACCCCUGGGGCCUGGGGGGACUCGGGGGACUGGGCAACCUGGGCUUUGGCUCAGCCAACUUCAUGGAGAUGCAGCAGCAAAUGCAGCAACAGCUGCUGAGCAACCCAGACAUGAUGCAGCAAGUCCUCAACAACCCCAUGACCCAGAGUCUGAUGCAGAACCCCGACCUGAUGCGACAGAUGAUCCUCAGUAACCCACAGAUGCAGGAGCUCAUGGAGCGCAACCCCGAGAUCAGACACAUGCUAAACAACCCGGAGCUGCUGAGGCAGACGAUGGAGAUGGCGCGGAACCCGGCCAUGAUGCAAGAGAUGAUGCGCUCGCAGGACAGGGCUCUCAGCAAUCUGGAGAGUAUCCCUGGUGGGUACAAUGCCCUGCGACGGAUGUACACGGACAUCCAAGAGCCGAUGUUGAAUGCAGCCCAGGAGCAGCUUGGAGGGAACCCCUUCGCUGCCCUACGCAACAGCAGUCAAGAUACCUCGGCCCAGCAGGGGAGGGAGAACACGGAGCCCCUGCCCAACCCCUGGGCACCUCCCUCCUCUAGACCCAGCGGGGGGACAUCGCCGGCCACCUCCACCACCACCGCUACCCCUCCUCCGACCUCCACCUCCAGCUCGUCCACAGGCACCCCCAGCCUGACAGACCCAGCUGGUGGCAUCUUCAACUCUCCAGGCAUGCAGAGCAUGUUACAGCAGAUCUCCUCCAACCCGCAGCUGGUCCAGAACAUGUUGCAGGCGCCCUACAUGCAGUCCAUGCUGCAGUCCAUGGCCAACGACCCAGAGCUGGCCGCUCAGGUUAUGCGAUCCAAUCCCCUGUUUGCCAGCAACCCUGAACUCCAGCAACAGAUGGCUACGAUGCUACCCACUUUCCUCCGCCAGAUGGAGAACCCGGACGUCCGUAACGUAAUGACCAACCCUCGGGCCAUCCGGGCCAUCAUGCAGAUACAGCAAGGCCUGCAGGAGUUACAGUCGGUAGCGCCGGGCAUCCUGCCUGGGAUGUCAGGAGCAGGGUCAGGAGGGCCUGGUGCCACCACCACGUCUGCCUCGACGCCCUCCUCCACCGCCACCCCUGCCACCACCACAACGGACACACCAGGUUCCGACACCACCUCACCUACUACUACCACCAGCACCACCACCCCUAGUAGUAGCGGCGGCGACGCCACCACCCCCACCCCAUCAUUGGCCACCACCACCCCACCGGUGGGCCCACUGGGGGGGCUCGGGAGUGACCAGUGGAGCCAACUGAUGACCCAGAUGUUGACCAACAUGGGCGCUGGGACCACGCCUCAGCAACCUCCAGAGAUGCGCUACCGACUCCAGAUGGAGCAGCUGGUCAGUAUGGGCUUCGUCAACGAAGAGCAGAACUUGCGGGCCCUGAUAGCCACUGGUGGGGACGUCAACGCAGCGGUGGAGCGACUCCUUAGGUAGAAUCCAGAGCUGAUUU